AGCACCUUCUGGCUCCAAGUCUGAGGUCUUGCAAUGUCUUCCAUGCCGAAACACAACGUUCAAGCUACAACGUACGCUACAACGUUCGUACGCUGAGCUCUUUUGCUUUCGUUUGACUGACCUGCACAGCUUCGUUUCACACCAACUGAGAUGGGAAAUUCCAUUAGUUGCCACCAGCCUUGCUGCCGGUGGAUCACCGAUGUGGAUGGUGAGCUUUCAGUGGAGGGGAAGCGCCUGGGAAAGCAUGGCGAGGAGGAACACAAGAUGAACUUCGACACCAACGUCCUUGGCCCAACCAACAUCAACCUCAUUGGCGGCGGCACUCCGAGCGUCGUCACACAGGAUCUGAAGCUCUUUGAUGAGUCGAGGUUUUCAAGGCCGCAUCCCAGCAGUCAGUCGAGGGACAGUCAUUCGAGGGACGGGACGUCUCCAUCCAAAUCCAAGGCCACACAGCUCGAGAGGGACGAGGAGCCACUUCCCGUGGCCAAGGCAAACUUUGGCCCAAUCCCAAAGACCAAGGAGACUUCUUCCAGACCCUUGCCAUCCCGCUCCCCAGCAACCCAGUCUGCAAAGCAGUUUGCGGAUGCCUUCUCCAAGGAAGUGAUGAAGACGGACCGCAGCAAACCACCCAUCAAGAGCACCAGACCGAACCUCUCCGGAGAUUUCCGAGUGAUGCCAGGAGUGGCUUGGUCGAAGAUCUAUGAGCACUUUGCGAGUGCCAAGACGCUUUCUGUUGCCACGAGGAGUCAGGCGUUCUUGGCUGCACCGGUGCAGCAGAAGGCAUUGAAGAGCAUCAUGCCAGCAUUGUGGUCCUCGUUCCAUCGUCAUUGGACAUGCCAGAAGACAUCCGCUACGAUGGCCGUCGAGGAGGAACUUGUGCAACAAUUGGAGCAGACGGUUGUGUCGAAGAUCUUUCAUAAAGGCCCUACUGAGAUGUCGAUCUUAAGCAGCGUCGGCCCGGCCAUGUGGUCCCCACUGCAUCGAAAGUGGUGUGGGCACGAUGCUCUGAAGACUCCCAAGCUACCGCUUCCAUCGGCGCUUCCUUUGGCACCAGCCAUCCAGAAGCUGGUUUUGGCCAAGGAUUGUGGCCUUUUGCCCGCCCUGGCCUCUUCCAUGCUAAAUGUGGCCUUGAACAUUGAGACCAAGCCAAAGGCUCUCCAAGAUGGAAAGGUAUGCAAAGAAUCGGAAGCGACGACUCCCCAGCCGUGCUUGCGGGUGAAAUGCAGUGUGGCUCCUGCCGUUUACUCCAUAUGGCACAAGCACUGGACAGGUGGAAGGGCGACUUAAAGCGAAGUCGACGGUUGUGGAGUGUGAGAUUGGCUGCAUUGUGUGGCCAGGUGCCUCAUGAAGUCCCGCUGUUGGUGUGACUGAGCUGGCCCAUUUGAGUGGCAGGCUUUCUGCAUGUCAUUUGAGACUUGCCACUUUGUGGUAGAGACGAGAGAGGGUCAGGCAAGGGGCACUUUG